UUUCUUCUAAAAAUGGCGGCGCCCAUUGAACAACCGGUGAAACGUAAAACUACUAAAUUACCGCCAGAAAUUGAUCUAACGUCUCCACAUUUUGACCCAUCAAAGGCACUCUUUUCUAGUCACGUACUGCUGCCAUUUGCAUCUGCAGAACCACUUGACAAUUUGGCGAGGUUCGAGAGUUGGUCUAAACAGUCAAAGAAAAAUGAAGCUAUCCACAAUCUCGAAAAUCUACCAGUUGAAGUUGAAUCAGAAAGGAAGCCAAUACAUAAAAUAAUUGUAAAACCAGCUACUGUUGAUUUAUCCAAACACUCUGGAAGGCAUCGAAAUAAACUCAACAGAAAUGUGCUUACACGAAUGAAAGAGUAUGAGAAAGGACCCUUAAGUUUUCUGAAGAAAUGUGUUGAAAACCGCCAUGUUGUAAAGAUUUGGACUAGAAAUGCAUGUGAACUAAGAGGAUUCUGCACUGGUUAUCUAGUGGCCUUUGACAAAUACUUCAAUCUGGCUUUGAUGGAUGUUGAUGAAACCUACAGAAAACCUGUCAGUCGAGAUAAUCGCAUCCGGAAAUGUACUGAGAUAUUACAAGUGAUAGCUGUUUCUGAUCAAAAGGAGAGUGAUCCAGUCAUUCAUAUUGAGGAAGGAGAUAGUGCUGAGACUCCGAUCACCUCUCAGGAAACCACAUUCAGACCUUCUGUAGAAAACAAUGUGAAUGCUAUGGAAAAUCUCAAAAUUACAACUGUAGAAAAGUCCCAAGAAAGUACUCAUUCCUGUAGUGAAAAAGAGAUUGCAUGUAUAUCUUCUGUCAGCAAUUGUGUAGCUAGUACUGUAAGCAAUUGUGAGAAAAAAUUAGCUACAAAGAGUUCUCAGGACACAUGUCGAGCAGAGGAACAGACCGUUAGAGUUGCUGAAAGUGAAAGUAUAGACUUUAAUGAGCCAUGUACUGAUAUCAGUGACAAGCCAAGUGAUAAAAGUAAGUCAGAUAAAAGGACAAAAAAAGUGAAAAGUGAAAAUAUGGACCAGAUGAUGCCGUCAUUUGAUGCUGCAAAAGUUGCCAGAGUGUGGCAAGAUACUGUGGCAAGGGAUAAAUCAAAACCACCUCUCGCACUGAAGUACAGACAUGCUAAUCAGCUGUUUAUCAGGGGAGAUAAUGUGGUGUCCGUUAGUCUUGUUUAUGCUUAAAUUUCAUCAAAGUUAAUAAAUUAUUAUGUUUAC